GUCAAACUGCUGUCAACAAAUAUCUAUGUACUAUAUUUUAACAUAAUUCCGGGAAAAUUGAAGUUUUUGUAUUUAUUAUUAUUCUGUUGCAAAACCUGUACAGCUGGUUUUUGUUCAGUUACAAAUAGAGAAAAUGCCUUCGGUGUGGUUUGCAUAAAAGUUUUUAUUAUUGACUAUUGUCAUAGUCAAAUAUUGGAGAGGAAACAACAGCAAUACGGAGUAUUUUAAACAUUGAGAUGAUAUUGGGAUAUAAGCGUCUGCGUAGCCUGGAAUUAAGGAUUUACAUGAGUGGAUAACUUAAAAGCAGAUUUCUCUUGGUUGAAUUGAUAUAAAAAUAAAAUAUGACAAAAGAAAUUGGAGACAAAAGACUCAACUUACGACUGAAAAGCCCUGCUGGUGCUGAACCAGCUAUUUAUAAGUGGCCUCUUCCCACUUAUGAGACCAAAGAUGGAGCAUAUGAAAUUAUUGACACAAUCAGAUGGGUGUGUGAAGAUUAUCCUGAUCUGAAAAUGGCAAUGGAAAAACAUAUACUUGCAGAUUAUGAUACGAAAAAUUAUGAAAGCAUGAAAGAACUCUGUGAUAAAUACAACAGAGCUAUGGAUUCAAUACUACAACUGUGGCAAGGGACAAGUAAAUCAGCUAAUCUUCAACGCCAGCCUUCCAAUGGCUUAUUGAGACACAUCAUGCAACAGGUUUACAACCACAGUAUAUUGGAACCCGAAAAGCUGAACCAGUAUGAACCAUUUUCACCUGAAGUCUAUGGAGAAACAUCAUUCGAACUUAUCAGUCAAAUGAUUAAAGAACUUGAUAUGAAAGAAGAUGAUAUCUUCAUUGAUUUAGGAAGUGGUGUUGGACAAGUUGUUCUUCAAGUUGCUUCUUCAACACCAUGCAAAAUGUGUUAUGGAGUGGAGAAAGCUCCUCUUCCUGCUCAAUAUGCAGUUACCAUGGAAAGAAAUUUUCGUAGAUGGAUGAAAUGGUAUGGGAAAACUUAUCGACCAUAUAAAAUAUCGGAAGCUGAUUUUCUAUCUGAUGACUGGAGGGAAAAAAUAUCGACGGCUACUGUUAUUUUUGUCAACAAUUAUGCAUUUGGGCCAGAAGUAGAUCAUCAACUCAAACUUCGAUUUCAAAAUUUGAGAGAAGGUGCUCGGAUUGUUUCCUCUAAAGCUUUUGCCCCUGUGAAUUUUCGAAUAACUGAUAGAAAUUUAUCAGAUAUUGGCACAAUUUUGAGGGUUUCAGAGUUAUCUCCACUACGGGGAUCUGUAUCAUGGACUCCUAAUCCUGUCACAUAUUAUUUACAGAUUGUGGAUAGAACAAUGUUAGAAAGAUAUUUCAAUGCUCAGAAAGAUCCAAAAUUGAAAGAGGAACUUGAAAUGGAACAAAGGAGAUCAAAAGAAAAUAGUCCAGCGGCAAAAAUGUAUCGUGCAGCAAGAUAUGUCAAUUUUGAUGGAAAAUCGAAGAAUGAAAAGCUUGAUGCUUAUCCUAAUGGAGUUCUACAACUUGCAAAGCACCUCUCUGUCAGUGAUCUAAAAUGCAAUGGUCAUCGAAAAAACGAUAGUAACAGAGCGUCACCUACAUCCACAAUGAGUGAUUCAUCGAACCAACCAUCUCGAGUUGGUACACCCAUCAUCAAUAACUUAUCUCAUUCAAAUUCCAACAAAAGACAAAAAGGCAAUCCACCUUUAGCUGCUAGUAAAACCUCAAAUAAAGCUACAAAGAAACACACAAAGAAAAAAUCGCGAAAAAUUUCUUCCGAUAUUUCUUCAAGUGAAGAUGAAGAUUUUGACAUUGAUGAUGUUGAGAUUAGCGAGAUAUCUGAUCAAGAUGUCGAACUUGAAGACAAUGAUAUUGAUGCUCUUGCUUUGGCUUCGAAAAUCGAAUUAUCAAGCGAUGAGGAAUCUGAUGCUGAUUAUGUAGCACAUGCUGGAAAUAAAAAACGUUCUUCUGCUAAAAAUAAAAGAGCUUCCAAGAAACCAAAACUUCUGCAAGAGAAGGAUAUGAAUUCAGUGGUUGCUGAUAAUUCAUCUGGUUCCAGAAGGGCAAAACAAAAUAGUACAAUCAACAUAGAACUAAACAAUGAUAGAAGCAGAAGAAAAAGCAACCGUGUACCUCUAAAGAGAAAUCGCCCAGCUUCGUCUCCUAGUCCUCCUAGAAGGAAGCGGAAAUCUCAAAAAGGAAAAUUGGAAGGAGCUAGCGCAAUUACAGAAACGUUGAGUCGUAACCAACUUCAUGCAACACUUAAUCUUCUGCAUGCUAAAACGCUAUCUGCCUCACCAGAAUCAUGUGAAGUUGCGAACUUGUCCUUACUAAGUAAACCUAUUGUUACAUCGGAUUGUGAUUUAUCAAUACCUGUCUUGAAACAAACUCAAUCGUGUGCCUUGGAUUUGAUGUUUGAAAAAUGGAAAAUGAAUUAUCUGCAAUUGAUGCAUGCUUCAACAAGUCCUGAAUUCAAAGAAAAACUAAAGAAACACCUCGAUGAAGAACAAAAACAAAACGAUCUUCUUAGAGAAACAGCUAUUUCUAUUCACAAUGAUGUACAAGAGCUCGCAGAGGAAAAUAAAUUGUUAGUUAAACAUCAUAUGAAUGAGUUACAGGUCUCUGCUAAAAAUCCUGGUGAAAUCUACAAUUUGAUCAGUGCUGAGAGAGCAAGGAAUCACAAUUUACAAGCACAUUUGUUUCAAGUUCAUACAAGUCUACAACUUGUGGAAGAAGAAAACAGAAAACUAUUUGAGUUACGAGGACGGCCACAAGAAAUAAAUUCACCUUACCAUUUUGCCACAAUAUCAACACCAGAAAGUUUACCUGGAAAACAGAAUAUGACUCAUGUUGAUAUGUUGCUUCGUGAUGUCAUGAAUGCACUCGAACAACAACCAUUUGAUCCAACAAAUAAUUCAAAUGGUCACAAGUUCACACCCAACAGCCAUGGACUCAUAAAGCUACAAGCUGGUCAAUCUAUAACAGUUCAAGCAAACGAUCGUUCUAAUGAUGGAUUACUUGGGUUGAAACAUCCCCCAUUUCACUCUCCGUUAUCACUUCCCAUGCCAAGGGGUGCUCCCAAGAUGGUUCCUGGACUUCCAACUCCACCUACUCCAGAAAUUUUGUCCCCAGGACAUUUGCAAAGUUCACCCAUGCUGGGGUUUGGCAAAGGCGGUCUUCCUGUACCGUUCUCUGCAAGUGAUAAGGCCAAAGAUGCUUUAGCAAGCUCACUCACUUCGAAACAAUCCGAAUCAAGUAAAGAUCAGGACUCUACUCUUAAUCCUGAAGCAAUGGCAAUUGUUCAAGAGGUUCUGAACAGCUACAGAGAUGUGAUGAAAACCAAGUCUCCCCAGAAGAAAGACGCUUCACCAACACUGAAUGCUCAAAAACACAAAACGACAACUGUGAAAAAAUUAUCACCACCUAGAAAACAUCCUCAUAACGAACAAUCAACACUAAGCAAAUCUCCUAAUAUUCCACAUCCUAUCAAGUUACCAAAAACUGAGCCUGAUUCUCACCAUGGUCACAGCGUGUCUAUGUUGUCACCAAUUACUCCACCAUCAAGUGGCACUCCAAAGAGAUUCGCAAACCAUUUACAUCAAGCCUCCACUCAAUCACUUCCUUAUACAACUGCAAAGGAAACAUUGUCAUCGAAUCCUCUUCAUUUUAAUAUUAGUAACCUCGUCUAUAAAGAAUCGUCUCAUAUAACAAUUGAUAAAACUAAAAAUUCCGCAUCUCCCUAUGUGGAAUCUGCAUCACAAGUUGCAACCCCAGCGGUUAGAAACACGCCUGCUUCAAUAGUACAGACAAAUAGUCCUGUAACACCUCGACCGCAUCAGGAUAGUCGUGUACGUACUCCUUCUGUGAGCCGCCCUCAAUCCACAAGUGUGCAACCCUCGCCCGCUACAGUAAACGUAAAGAUGGAGCCCCGGCAACAAAACUUCCCUCUUCAACCAGUUACCCCACCGCAAACGCAAAGACGUUUGUUGCAAUUGACUCCAAAUGCUGUUGCAAUGACUCCAUCCCAUGAACAAUCUCUUUAUCAAUUACCUUACAGUCCUCUGGCAUAUCCAAUGAGUAUUGGCAUUCCAUAUGCAGCGGCAUUAUCCCCACAUGCCGCUGCUGCCGCCUACCUAACGCACCAAAAUUUACAGACAUUGGGGGCUGCUCGUUUUGCUUCACCAAGUGCUCAUUUGGGGAUUUUUCCAACACCUGGUAUGUCUGUGACUCCGACCAAUCAGUAUAUAUACCCCCAUAUUCACACAACUCCCAAAUUGAGUUCGUCGAAUGUGUACAACGUAGGACAGUCUGUCGGUCCCUUGAUGAUGUCUGCACUAUCAUGUGCAGUAUCUCAAGCUCCUAUGUCAGAAAAUUUUCAAUCAACACCAACUGUUUCAUCUCCGAACAGCGUUUACUCAUCAAAGUCACCUCGAACUUUUUCUGCAUCGAAGGUAAAAAGAAGUCCUUCGUCCUCGACUACUCCUCGAAAUGAUGAUCACAUGACAUCAGAGAGUCCCAAGAUUUCAAAGCCUGUGUAUCCAGAGGGUUAUAAAUCAAAAACAAAUGUGAUGAAGGCCUUGCCUGAAGUACCAACAACGCUAUCUCAGACAAUUAUACAAGUUUCAGGGAUGCCAGCUUGUCCGAACACAACAAAGUCAGUGCAAACUGUUUUCUGUUCCAUUAAUACAUGUCCGAUUACAACUUCCGUUAUUGCAAAUACUUCGACUAGAAAUAGAGUGGAUAGUUUGUCACAAUCUCACAGCACUCCUCUUUCAGUUCAUAUCCCAUUGAAGUCAAGUUUAUCUUCUGGUUCAAAUAACGGACCCCCUUACCAAGGAAACUUUUCACCACUGACACCAUCAGAGUCUGAAUCAACUGGUUCUCCCAAUUUUGCUUCAAAAAGUUCAACUGUCUCUAUUUCAACAUCCUCUGAACAUAUCUCGGUGACGACGUCGGUUCAUGAAAAUGACAGGAUUUCCCGUUGGAGUAAAGACAGUAUCCCAAGUAAUUCGUCACAACCUCAAGUGCUGGCAGGUAUAACAGGCUUAUCAGAUUCCGCAACGGAUUCUGCACCAGAAAGUGAGCUAUAUCAAAGUCCACCCAGAAGAACAGCGGCACGAAUGCCAGCAAUGAACAUAUCUUUGAAUGAAAAUGUCAUACCAACGACUUCAUUCACCACAAGUAAAUCAGAAAAACCUCGGAGAGAAAUCGAAACAAAUCGUCGGGCAUCACACAACUUCAGAUCAGCUUCAUUGCUAACUGAGGCAUCAUCGACUUCUGCUAGUAGAUUUACGUCAGGAGAAAGUGAAGAAUCAUUAGUUAUAGACGAAGAUACUUAUGCAGAAAAGGGGAUCUCAAAGGAGGAAACAUCGUCAAACGCAAACGAAGAGAAAUCACCAGAUAAGCACCAGGGUAAAUAUUCAGGAGAAGACGUUGGUAUACUUUGGCCUAAAACGAAAAAGCAAUUGGCGUUGAAAUCACACAAACAUUCUUCGCAAAUUGGAUCACCAGAUAUCAAGUCUCCUACUCACUCAUUAUCAAGCGAUGGUGAAAGUAUACCAGCUGCCUCCCCACCUCACUAUGUAAAUCGGCAGACACCAGACAGCAUCAAGAAACUGGAUCAUCUUGUACAAAGUCCGUCAAAGUCCGAAAACAAAAAAGUGAAUGCUGAUGAUGGAAAAUUGAAGCACGGUGACCAUCAGUUGCACAAAAAAACCUUCAGCACUGCACAUUCCACAAAGCAGAAUAACACAAAUAAAACUGUCUCUAGUAGUAAAGCUUGGAAUUCAGAUAGAAAAAGUCCUGGAAAUAAACAAAAUCCCUCUCAAGAUAAAUACAAAAAGCCAUGGCAAAGAAAACCAUCUUCAGAAGGCAACAUAUCAGAGCAAAGCAGAACAAGAGAAUAUGAUAACAAUGAAAGAAAUGAUAAUUACAAUAAAUAUCGUAAGUCACACAGCACAUGGCAAGGAAAUCAUGGUAAUAGGAACCCAAGAUAUCAGGAACGUCAUUCAUCAACCCCAUACUCAGAACAAAGCAAACAGUCUCGAAAUUACAAAACUCAAUCUAGAUCCCGACCAACCAAUUCAACACAACGAGUAUGGACUGGUGGUGAUAAAACUAAAACACUUGCAUCAACUUCUGUGCCUCAUUGCCAACCAUAUUAUGCUACCCCAUAUGUCAGCUAUGGUGUUUCAUCACCGCAGAUGAUUCAAUAUCCACCCUACCAAACAUCUAGCAUAAUGGCUCAGCCGUAUUCUCUCUCGCAGAUGCAAAGUGCAGGCUACCCGACAUCCAUGCCACCCCCUUUACCCACGUCGUCAUCCCAACCGCCUCUGCCACCUCCUGAAAAUGUAGAUACCUCUAAAGACAACAUAUUCUCUGUGUCAAAAGCAUUAAAAACUGACUCUAGAGGAGGGGAAUUGCCCCCUCCUCCGCCUCCCCCAGGAAAGCCAUCAAGCGGAAAAUGACGCUUUUUUAUUAUUCGUGUUUUUAUUUCUAGUUUUGUUUUUUUUUCUUUCAGGAUUAAGUUUCCAUUUUUAUCACAUUGUUGUCUUAUUUUUUGCUCGUUCAUUCAUGUUGUUUUGUUUGUUUAGUUGUAUUUUUAUAUGGAACCAAUUUAUCAUGAUUGGAGAUUUGUUGUAACAUUUCAUAAAAUGUAUUUUACCAGACUGGUUUGAAGCAAUUGUAUCUUCAGUAGUAUCAGCUUCACGUUGUGAAAAUAACUUUUAUCAUUUUGUUGUAAACAGAAAUGUGCCUACUUAAAGCCUUUUCUUCCGUGUUCCAAAAAUGUAUUCACAGGCCUAAGAUUAAAAAUUAUACUGAUAUCUGCACUACCACGGAUGCUAAUGACAACAGUCCUUUUUUGUGAUAACCUUUUGCAUUUAAUUGAUUUGUAGCAAAGAGUCUCAUGAUUUUUUUUUAACGUGAAUCUUUACAUAAAUUUUCGAGUAAUCAUGGUAAAAAUGGUAUUCUUCAAAAUGGCAUUAACCCCGUCCUAAUUAUAAAAAGACGUGAAAUGUAAAUUCAAUUUUGACUUUUGUCAUUUCAAUAUUUUGAAAUUCUGCUUUUUGAAGAUUAAUUGUUUUUGAUAGUUAUGUACAAGAGAAAAUGCAAAAUGAUGUUCAUAAAUACUUGAUUCGAUAAAAAGACGAACUUGUACCUCCUGAUUUCUAUGCAGAAUCCAUUUUCAGAAAAUUUGGUAAUUGCUUUUAAGAGGUGUAUGCUCAACGUUUUGAUAAUAGUUUUUCGCUCUCAUUUUUAGUGGAUGACAAAUUCAAAAUUUGGAUUAAGCUUGUUCAAAUAUCAUCACACAUUCGAUAAGGGUUGAAACGUAUGUCAGAACGGAUGGUUUCACAUAACUAGAAGUUAUUCAAUUUUGCAUAUUGGCAGAAGAUUCAGUAAAUAGAAUGCAUCUGGUGCGCUGGUGGUGGCGAAUGAAGUAUGCAGGCCAAUUAUUUGGAUCAAGCUGAUGCAUGUUUGAAAGUUUUUGCCGCUGUAUGUUUUAUCAUAUUCUUAACAGAAUGAUUUUUUAAUUAAGGUUAUUUCAAUAUGAUGACAGGCAUAUUCUUUAAUACUUUAUUCUAAUACUCAUGUUUAAACUAAAUUUGUAGAAUUGUUGUUCUCUUUUCUAUCCUAUAUUUUUCAUUUAUUGUCACGGCCAAAGAAUCGCGAUGAAGAUGGUAAAGUAGAAUUCGUAGCUAGAUUGCCUCUGCUGUUAUUAUUAUUAUUAGACGGUUACUCGUUUUGCUUGUUUUACUUUUGUGAUCAUUUUUGGAAUUUAUCUUUUUAACAAAGCCAUUUUGAUUAAA